AUGUCCGGGAGUCCUGCUGUGGUUCUUCGUCUGGUGGCCUCAGCUUACACUGUGGCUGAGAAAGCUGGAGAGAUUGUGAGGAAAGUACUUCACCGUGGAGACCUCGGCAUAGUGGAGAAGGAAGGCGCUCAUGAUCUGCAGACAUUAGCAGACAGACUUGCACAGAAGAGCAUCUGUGCUUCACUGUCUAGACGCUUCCCCAAAAUCACUAUUAUUGGCGAGGAGGAACUUCCAGCUGAGGAGGUCACAGAGGACCUGAUUGAAAAUGGCCAAUCAGAAGAAAUUCUUCAGAAAGUAUGUCCAGCAGAAUACAGUGGAUUGAAAGAGGAGGAGCUAGUCGUUUGGGUGGAUCCAGUGGAUGGCACUAAGGAGUACACUGAAGGGCUUCUCGAUAAUGUGACGGUGCUUAUCGGAAUCGCCUAUGCAGGCAGAGCAAUCGCAGGUGUCGUCAACCAGCCUUUCUACAACUACCAGCUUGAGCCAGGGGUGCAUAUGGGGAGAACCAUGUGGGCAAUGCUUGGCCUGGGUGCCUUCGGAUUUCAGCUACAAGAAGUUCCGAACAACAAACGCAUAGUCACGACCACCCGUUCCCAUAGCAACAAGAUUGUAACAGACUGUGUCAAUGCAAUGGAACCUCAUGAGGUUAUAAGAGUGGGAGGUGCAGGAAACAAGAUCAUCCAACUUAUCGAGGGCAAGGCUUCCGCUUAUGUCUUUGCAAGUCCAGGAACCAAAAAGUGGGACACAUGUGCUCCUGAAGUUCUCCUGCAUUGUGUUGGAGGUAAACUGACGGACAUGUUUAAUAAUCCAUACUGCUAUGACGCUAAUGUGAAACGUAUGAACUCUGCUGGUGUUCUCGCAACGCUCCGAAAUCACGAAUACUACAUCAGCAGAGUGCCUCAGUCGGUGCUGCAAGCCCUCAAAUCUGACUGA